AUGUUUAGCAAGUCAUUUUGCUCUGGAAUUUCAAGUAAUAAAUCUCACAACCUAUCAAGAUAAGAAAAUCGUAAACCAUCGUAAGGCUUGAAGCUUGCUCAUUAUGGAGCAUCUUCUUAUUGUUCAAUUAAAAAGAUGAUAGAUAAAUAUAAAUCAAAUGGUGAGAACAUACCAAUUAAUAAUGGGAGUAUUCAUACAAAUUAUUAAAACGUUUCUACCAUAAAUAUUAUGAACAGGAAAAGAUCAAAUUCACCAAACUUUUAUACUUCUGCUAGGAGAUAGCCUGUAAAGUAAAAUCAGAGAUAAAAUAUCUCAUUCUUAAAUGAAACUUAGCCUAAUUCAAAUACAAGGUCUGAAACACAUUCUUUGUAUUCAGGUAACAGUAAAACUUCUAGGCAGAAUUCUAAGUUGAAUUAGCAAUAAUCAUAAUAAAGAAGAACUAAGUAAGGGAAUGUCGAUAGAAGAUUUGGGUAUUAGCUUUUUAAUGAGUAAUUAUAUGAAGAAGGAGCUCACAAAAUAUCCUUAAUUGAUAUCAUAAAUGCUGAGCCAAUGAUAUAUUAAGAUUCUUUUCAUACUGUCUCUUAAACCUAAGCAUCUUUUUAAGAGCAUCAGAAAAUACCAAAGGUCAUUGAGAGCUUAGUAAAAUCUCAUAAAGAGCACAAAGAGAGUCUGAGUUUCAUCACUCAUAAGAUGGAGUUUAUUGAACAUUAUUUAAAUAGCUACGUCUUUGAGGACUUGAUAAUGAAAAUGAACAAUAAAUUUGAGAAAAUGCUAUCAUACACCUAGAAAAGGGAAUAAAUUCAUCAAUAAACUGAAAUUCAAAUGCAGGAAUAGAUAAAAUAACUCGAAACUAAGCUAAUGAGACUAUAAGUUAGCUUCAGCUCAUACAUUAAUAAGCUAAAUAUUAACAAUGGAGGAAAAUCAUAGAUACUAGCAAGCAAGCAUCAAUCUUUUAUGAAAAAGAUGGAUGAUGAUGGAUAUAUCGACUAAUUAUUGACUGAUGUUAUGCAAUAUGAAGAGGAUUAAAUGAGAAGAGUCAAUAAUGUAGAGAAACCUAUAUCAAUUUCUAGACAUUACUAUUCAUAAUAGUGUCUAGGAAUCGAUUAAAGAUAAAAAAAGACAAAUAAUAAUCAAGCCAAAUAAACUCAAGUUAUAGACCUAAGCGACCAUCAUUUAACCCAAAGAGAUUACUCUGUUUAAGAUAAUGAGUAAAGAGACCUUGUGCAUGAUUAAAGUUGUUAGUAGGACUUUAUCAAAGAUGAAACAACUAUGUUUAAUGCUUUAAAGUCUUUUGGUGACAGUUCAACUUUCUAGUAAUUAUUGCCAAAUCAAAGUAGCUUCACAAGAUAAGAGAAUGAAUUAAAUAAUCAUAAUUAGAAGCAUAACAUCAUUUCUCAAUAAGCAUUACCUAAUGCUUACGAGUCUAAUGAGAAUCUCAUAAAAAUAUAGGGGAAAAAAAAUUUAAAAUUCAACAGAGUAAUAAGCCUUCAAAAUUUAGAAUUCAAAUUAGAGCAGCUCUCUCUUCAAAACUAAAGGGUCAAUAAUAAUAUUCAAACUGAGUAAGAGUAAAAUCAAGAGGAUAAUGAGUAAUUAGAAUAAAAUAUAAAUCACAAUAUCUCAAAAGAUCGAAGUGGUUGCAAGAAACAUCUAGACUUUCAAGAUAGCUCAAUAUAGAAGAGAUCAAUAUAGGCUCUUGGAAAUGAAACUUCUCAAGGAAUGCUUUCAGAAAUAUCAGAUAAUUAUUUAAACUUUACAGCAAAUCAUGAGAUGUAAUAUAAAAUUUAAUGUAAGGAUCAAAUAAUGCCCCAUACUUAUAAUACCCAAGAUGUAAAUAAGCUUAUAACGCCUAAGUUUGAUGAUGAAUGUGUGAUACAUUUAAACUAGGUAACAUUUAGCAAUAAAAGUAGGUUCACUGAAUCAAUAAAAAUAUCAGAUGAGCCCUAAAUCAAUUCAGGGAAGAUUAGAUAGUUUGACAACAAAAAUAACAAUUAAUAGGCUGUAAUAAGUGAAGAGGAUAGUAAUGAUGUUGUAAUAUCAGCGUUGGCUUUGGAUAUUAAUAAAAUAAUGGACUCAGACAAUAAAUAAAGGAUUAAAGGUAAAGAUAUAGCAAAUAUUUAUCCCUCAGAUCAAUGUAUUUGUCCCCAUUAUGAUAAGAAAAAUAACCUAGGCUGUGGUGAUUACUGUCGAAAUCUCACAGCCAGCAGAUAAAGAGUACUUAUUCAAAAGUGCUUUGCAGAUUUCAAAAAUUAGCAAAGAAAUAAGAGAUAACAGCAUGUCUAUAUUAUUAGUGCUAAAUGGUGGAGAAAAUGGACUGACUUUGUCAAUUAUGAUGCUAUUGUCUCGAGCUUUAGAGUAGGGGAUGAUAAAAGCAUUUAAGAGUACCUAAUGUCAAGUGAUGGGUAAAUGAAUGAAUUUGAUAUUGAUGAGUUGUGCGGCGAUAGCAGAUAUAAUGAACCCCCAUCUCACAUAGAUAAUAGGUAAUUACCAACACAGUCUAAUUCUCUUAAAUUUUAGUGA